UUUGCAUUGUGUAUUUAAUUAACAGUACAGAUUGCUUCUAGAAACAUUGGUUUCCUUUUUCCUGUGCUCUAUAAAUAUCUCUAAAUGACUAUAGUUAAUUUCUCAGUGAACUAAAUCUAGUCUUUCCUAGAGCAUAGUCAAAUCAGGCUGUCAGAAGUUUCCGAAUUUUUCAGCCUGUCACCCAGAGGAAGAAAUUCCACUUCUCUGUCCGUCUCAUUUGACUGUGGUUAUGCCUUUCUCUCUCUCACUCUCUCUCUUUCUCUCUUAGCUAGGUAAAAUUCGUCACUUUCCGAUGAUCAAAUUCCGGAACAGACAACCAAAUAAGGAACGGGGGUGUGUCCCUUUGGACCGGAUUCGACCUUUUAUGGGUUCAAAAGCCAAACCUCAAGUGUUUUAUUUUGAUAUUUUGUACGACUCAGAUAGAGAAAAAACAGCAGAGUGGAAAUGGAGAACACGCAUCAGCUGUUCUCUCGGUCUGAUGUUGGAAGGUUCAGUUGUGAGGAGCAUCAGCAUCGCACUACAGCGAGUGGAAAAAAAAGUUCUUAUCUCUUCUGCAGCAGCGGGCUCUCCACUGAGAAGUGAUUCCCUUUGAAAUCGUCACGGAGCCGCCCAGCCAAUCAGAAUCAGCAGCGCGUGCCGUCUUUGGCCCUCCCUGUCCAUAUUUGGGUAAUGACGUAACAGGCACGUCCAAAAGGUUCCCCAUAUAUACAUACUAGUAUCAGUUCGCCCGCCUCCGUCACCAAAGCCAGUCUGAAAGUUUGUCACAUGAAGUGCAGUAGCAACAAGGAGCGCAUCCACUCACAGCGGCUGUGACCAACAGAGACAUGCAGCGGUGACCCCUCUUAGGCCAGGUUCCACGCUCCUAUCAGGCAGAGGCUUACGACCAGCAACAACAGGGACGAGAGAGAGAAAGAGAGAGAGGUGAGCACACCAUGACAGCUAAAACUCUGGAGAAAGUGCCGGUGAAUCUCGGAGGGUUCGUGCAUCCAGUGGCCGACAGCGUGUACUCCGUGGAUGACCUCGCCAGCAGCCUGCCGACCUCUGUGGCCAUCUUUCCCAACACCGACCUGGGAGCACAUUACGACCAGAUUAAUGUGGCAGCAGACAGCCUGAUGGGUGCUGACAUGAUCGCUGAGAAGCGCUCAGUGGACCUUUCCUCCUACUCCAGCGGUUUCUCUCAACCCACAUCCCAUCGGAACCAGACCUUCACCUACAUGGGGAAGUUCUCCAUUGACUCCCAGUAUCCAGGGAACUGGAACCCAGAGGGAGUCAUUAACAUCGUUUCUGGUAUUUUCAACGUGGCCCAGCCGCCUCCCCCUCCACCUCCUCCCUCCUCUUCAGCUUCUUCCUCCCCGGCUUCAUCUGGAUCUCCACAUCACUUUUCCAGUGGAGGUUUGAGUUGCACCAUGGCGGCUCAGAGCCAGGCAGACCUGGAUCACCACCAUCACCUGUACUCACCCCCGCCCCCUUACUCCUCCUCUGGCUGCGGGGAGGUGUACCAGGACCCAUCGGCGUUUUUGUCCACCUCCUCUUGUCCGAUAACCUCCUACCCUCCUCCCUCAUACUCCUCACCCAAGCAGCCCAGCAGUUCAGACGGACCGGGCCUUUUCCCCAUCAUCCCUGACUACUCAGGCUUCUUUCAGCCGGCCUGCCAGCGGGAUAUGCACCCGGCAGCUAUCCCUGAUAGGAAGCCGUUCGUCCCGUGUCCUCUUGAUACAUUCCGAGUCCCCCCUCCCCUGACACCGCUGAACACUAUCAGAAACUUUACUUUGGGAGCUCCGGGUGGUGGUGGCUCAGAAACGGGGCAGCCAAGGCUCUCCUCUGCCUACAGCCCACAGAACCUGCCCCUCAGGCCGAUCCUGCGGCCAAGAAAAUACCCGAACAGACCCAGCAAAACGCCCGUUCAUGAGCGGCCGUACCCGUGUCCGGCGGAAGGAUGUGAUCGGCGGUUCUCCCGCUCCGACGAACUAACCAGACACAUCCGCAUCCACACUGGGCAUAAGCCCUUCCAGUGUCGAAUCUGCAUGCGGAACUUCAGCCGCAGCGACCACCUCACCACGCACAUCCGCACGCAUACGGGAGAGAAGCCGUUUGCCUGCGACUUCUGCGGCCGCAAGUUCGCUCGGAGCGACGAGAGGAAGAGACACACUAAGAUCCACCUGCGGCAGAAAGAGAGGAAGGCGUCCACAGUGUCUUCUUCAUCCUCAUCAUCUGGAAGCUCCGUGUUGGAGCGUCCGUCAGGCGGCAUCAGCGCAGCCACUGGGAUCUGUUCCUAGGUUUGACUUCCCCUGGGGGUGUGGCUCACACGAACCCCUUACAGAAGAAGAACUAUCAGAACUAUCCGUGGGAAAGUUCUGUGAUGGUAAAGAACUUUUGCGCAGUGGUGCACUAAGACGCACAGCCAAGCUACUGAACUUACACAGAUACUUAUACAUAUGCACUUUGCCUGCACAACCUACUGAAAUAUGAUUCAAUCUAAGAUUAAACGUUUUCAUAAAAAGGAGGUUUCUUAUAUUCUCACUGAACUGUGACACGGCCUGCGCUUAGCUGUAAAAUAACGGCAAUAAUGUUACAAAGAAAUGAAAACACGUUUAAGUUAUUUCGUUUGUUUGCUGAUGAGUGUAUUUCUCCAGUGCCUUGCUGUGUGUCUUUUGUACACAGAUUGAUUCAAGGACGCUCCUAAUGCAAUGUAAAUCUGUCCGUUAAUAUGUAAAGUUGGAAGACAUUCUAUUUUUGUACACAUCCAGUCUGGUGUCGCUCCGAAUCUUCAUUAACUGUUGCUCAUGUGUAAAAAGUCUGUCAAGGUGUAAAUAUGUUGUGAUGUGUGUGUUUUAAGACUUAUUAAAUGGAUGAAAACA